CAACCCACAGAGUCAGCCGCGCGUCACGGUCACCUCUCAGAUACCGCAUCACCGCCUCUUAUUUUACUUUGGAACAAUCUCCUUGACUGUGAACAUUUAAGCACCUGCAUGCACAAGUACUCUAAGAUGUGUUCGGCUUCGGCACCAGUCUCCAUGUUCUACCCAGCCGUGUGGGCGUGCCUGUGCGGUGAUGUGUGGCGCGGGAUUGUUCUGCUCGUGCUCCUGAGCGCGCUCGUGCCCGAAGGCCUGGGAGCGGUGACCGGCUGCACGACGUGCGGCGCUCCGCACAUGGACAAGGGCUCGGAGGAGCAGUUCCUCAUCGAGCUGGCCAAAAAGCAGAUUCUGAGUAAACUUCACCUGCGGGAGAGACCCAACAUCACGCAGACGCUGCCGCGCGCGGCGCUCGCCACUGCCCUGCGCAAGCUGCACGCGGGACGCGUCAGAGCCGACGGCAGCGUGGAGCUGGAGAGCAACCUGGCGAGCGCGCAGCACACAGAGCAGGCGUACGAGAUCGUCAGUUUUGCAAACACAGAUGAUGUCGAUUCCAGCAGUAUCAGCUCCAUUUUGUCGUUCCAGUUUCUGCAGGAGCAAGGUCAAAGCAUUCAGGUGCUGCAGUCAUCCCUAUGGGUUUAUAUUCGUCCCGCCAACAGUCCCCUCCCAGCAGGCCGUGUCUCUGCCCAGGUGUACCUGUCAGACUCGAGCAGUGGAAAUCACACCCUCCUGCUCCAACGCAGCAUUGAGGUAGUACGGGGAGGAUGGCAGGCCUUUCCCAUCACCCGUACCGUACAGUCCUUCUUAGAUGGUGGCCAGCAACACUUACAGCUUGUAGUCCACUGCGAAGUGGGUGGACAAAACUUGUGCAGCCAAAAAGGUACCGACGCAUCCCAGAGGGCCUACUUGGUGGCACAGGUGCAGCUCCGUGAUGACGACCACAAACACAAAGUCAGCAAGCGCUCUCUGAGCUGCGGUGAUGAUGUCAGUGUUUGCUGCAAAAAGGACUUCUACAUCAAGUUCCAGGAUAUCCAGUGGCAGGAUUGGAUCAUUGCACCAGAGGGGUAUCAUAUGAACUAUUGUAUGGGCCAGUGCCCACAGCACCUGGCCGGCUCACCGGGCAUCGCUUCAUCUUUCCAUGCCACGGUGUUUAGCCAGCUUAAGGCCAAUGGCAUUCACACGGCUGUCUCAUCCUGCUGUGUUCCCAUCCAGAGACGUCCACUCUCCAUGGUAUAUUUUAACUCGCAACACAGCAUUGUAAAGACUGAUGUGCCUGACAUGAUUGUGGAGUCCUGUGGGUGCACAUAAACAAACAGGGAGUGUUAGAAUGCAGUUCAUUUUGCAGCAGGGCACUUUUAUCAUUAAGGUUUCUGAGAUAUUGUUUGAGAUUGUAAAUACACAUUUAAAUUCCCAGGGAAACUUUAGAUGCACUAAUAGUAUAAAGCAAUCCAGCAUAACAGAGUUUCUAACCUUUAGUAAAUUGACGUUUUCUUUACCCCCUUAAAAUCAAGAUGUGUUAUAAAACCAAGCUAUUUAUAACAUAAAUAUAUUAAUGCAGUACUGCUGAAUUGACACCUCUGUUGCAAUUAUUGAGAGGCUUUAAGUCUUUUCACUGUACUGUUUGAUUAAUUUCCACCUGAGGUCACUGGCCUGACCUCUGCCUGGUUACCCAAUGAGGUGAGUAAACAUUUAAUUAUUGCCUCAUUCUGAAUUGAAGGUCUAAAAAGACGUGAUGGUAAAUGUGCCACAUUGAUGUCUGCUUGCUGUUGGAUUGUAAGGCUUAGAUAUAACUUAGAUUAUGUCUAAAUCUUCAUAUCCAGUUUUACCAAAGUUCUCAAUGCUUUUAGGUACUGUUAUGGUUACAUUAACAUGAGCAAAGUGUGUGUGUGUGUGUGUGUGUGUGUGUUUUGCCUGUGUGCAUGAGAUGUUUUAUUCAAGUUUAUUAACUUAAGACCUUUUCUUUAGACGUGUUACGUUUGUUUAAACAUUGUUUAAAUCUUUAGAUUCUGUUUGUUUUUUUGCAAACAUUUUGAAUGUAUGCUACAAUCUAAUGCAAAACCUUUUUACCAAACCUAAAAGAAAAAGACAUAAUUUUCCCAAGAUUUGCAUAAAAGUUGCGUUUUUAUUGAUUUUUAAAGCACUUCCUGUACCCAAGCAUAUUAGCACGGGGAUGUUUCAGGCUUGUGGCAUCAUCAUUUGUUUCAUAUUCCAUGUUUACUUCUCUUGAUUUCACCAUCAGGGCCACAGAGAAAGAACAAAGUCUUUCUAAUAGCAGGUUAUAUAACAUUUAUCAAACUUGUUUAAACUAAAGCAUGUUUAAACUAAACACAUAUGAUUUCCAGGAAAACUAUUUUUUCAUGUUCAAAGCUGCACUUUAUUUGUCAAAAUUUAAUAAUUUACCUGCUCAGUUUUAAAUGCUUUAUGGUGUUCUUUUGCAAACACUCACGUGUGUAGACUAUUUUGUUUUUCCAUUUCAUUUACUAUUGGUAAAUACACAGUAACUUAUAUAUAGAUGGCAAUACUGUAAGUUAAGUUCUCGAAAAAGUUAUUCAUUUUUAAUAUAAUUUAUAUAAUUUUGUAACA